CCCCAAGAAGUUGAAAGUGAAUGAUUGAUAGUGAGUUCCACAAGCAAAUCCAGACUAAACCUACAACCUACCACCAACACUAAAUCCUAAAUCCUAAUCACUAAACUCUAAAUCCAUUUUAUUUUAUUGGUACAAUUAGAUGUUUUUUUCUUUAUUUUCUUUUUUUUUUCUCAUAUUAUCCCUGGAACCCGUUAGCUCGACAUUUUCUCUCAGAUCUCACCGCACCUUCCAAGUCCUACCCAUUCUUCCUCUCCACCUCUUCGCCUAGCAACUCAGCGCUGCCCCUCUACUCCAAAUCUUUUGCGAGAUCAACCCUUAAGUGACAAGAACGUCAUUAUUGGCGUCUUCGUCUUCCUUGUCCAUGGCCCUCUUCAUCGUCCUUGUCGACGGCAAAGGAGAGAGAAUGGGAGAAUGGUGCUUGCUGCGGUAGUGGAACAAAAGAAAAGAAAAGAGGGAAGGAAUGAUAGAACCCCGUUCUCGAUCCCAUUUUGGUUUCCGAAAGAGAGUCCCCUCUUCGUCUGAUCGAACGCGUUUCAGUUUCAGGUUUUCUCGAUCCCUUUUUGACUUGGUUGCGAAAUCUUCAUCUUUUAACCAAAGGGAUAGAUCAAUAUGUUACUAUUUGGUUUUGCCUUUAUUUUUCGGUUGUUUUGCUUUGGAUCGAACGAAUUGCAAUGACAGAUGAAUGUAACAUAAUAUUUGAACAAAGCUGAGUCCCACAGCAGUUGUGAUGGUGGUUUGGUUUGCGGCGAAAGGGAAGGGUGUUGUGGCUUCUAAAUUCUGACAGAAGAAAAUGUAGAAGAAGGAGGGGUAAACCGGGUAAAAGGGAGAAAAAUGAAAAAAUCUUGGCCAUUAAUUUAAAAGUAAAGAGAUCUAACGUUCUUAAUUAACUUUCCCAUGGUGGGCACGAUAGCCUGCGUUGCUUGAACAAACGACAUUAUCAUGAGUUGUGACUCAUGCCAUAACCUGGACACUUCCAGCGGCUUUGUCGCUUUAUAUAAAGAUUUUUGUCUUAUAAAAGUGGAAAUACAUAAAGAUGCCUGAUCUUCCAUUCCAAGUUGGGGAUUUGGCUGAGUCAAAAUGCUUUCAAGGUGGUUAUCGCGGUGCAUGGUUUAGAUGCAAGAUUAGAGAUAUCCGCACAAAAAAUGCUGUCAUAUCCCAUCUAUUGGAGUAUAUUGACUACCCUGAUCAAAAGCCAAGUUGGAUCAAGUUGUAUCAAAAGCCUCUAACUAAUAUUGGCAAGUCAAAGGGCUUCAACAAGGAAUUGAUGCUGCGACCUUCAUUUCCUACUCUUUCUUAUGAAAGUGAAAAGCUUGAUGUGAAUACCAUAUCAGAAGUGAUUGUUAUUGUUAAUAACAUAUGGAAGGUUGGGGACUUGGUAGAUUGGUUUGCAGAUGGUUGCUAUUGGUCUGGAAGUGUGACCAAAAUAUUGGGAAAUGAUAAAGUUCAGAUUGAUUUGCUACCUCCUCCAAUGGGUGAAGGGUUAUCUUAUGAUGCAUUAAGCAAGGAUCUGCGCCCAUCUUUGGACUGGUGUCCAGAAGAAGGUUGGACUGUGCCUGUUCCUAUGCCUAUGUUGCAGGGUGGUGAAUGCAGGCAACCUUGUGCUCGUAUAAUGAAUCCAGCAAAUUCAGAUGGAACAGUAAAGGUUGGCCAGCAUAUGGCAAGGACAGUUUCUUCUCCUUUGUCUUUAAAUUUGAAAGACUGUCCAGAAAGAUCCACUGCGAGGAGAAAGCAAUGCAACAAUGCUAGAAAUGAUAUGGAGAUUGAUGAGUCUGGUAGUAAAGUUGAAAGUGUUUGUUUCUCAAGUAACGUUUCAAAUCCGCACAUAAUGGAUGCAUCAAUUGAGAAUUCGGAAAAGGCUACCAUCAAUGGUGGAUAUAAUGAGUAUCCCACAAAGAAGAGGAGCGACAGAAGCCUUUGUCUGAAUUCCAUGUCUUCCAAUACGGUAGAAGCUGCAAUCAUAGACUUGGAGGAACUUGUGAAUAGGAUUAAAUGGUUAAGGGAUGUGUUGAAUUUGAGGGUGCCGCCUUUAUCGUAUACUAAACAGCCUUCUUGGGAGUUUUCACAACAUCAUGCACCAUGCAAAUAAUUGUUCUGUAAUCAAUGUUUGACCUCAGCAUAAAUAGCUUUUUUCGUCAAAUAUAAUUCUCGGCUGUAGAUAGUUACGUGUCUGUGCAGCUGAUUUUGAAAUGUAGUUGGUUCUUAUUUUCGCUUUGGUAUUUUGCGCAUUGUUUCUUGUUAGGAUUUUUCAUGGUAAUACAAUGUUAAUAAAAGAGGAGGGAUUAACUUACCCGUAACUCUUUUAAAGUAA